CGCAGUAUGGAAAUCGCCAUAAUGUCUGAGCUUGAGGAUAAAAGUGAUGCCCCGGCGCAACUUGAAUACACACAUGAUGAUGUGUUUGGAGAAAUCACUGAAGAUGGCCCGAACUUUCGUAAUGUCGGAUUCUUGGGAACUGUCAUUUUGAUGAUGAAGACUCAGAUUGGUCUUGGUGUCCUGGCUAUUCCAUCCGCAUUGGAUAUACUAGGCAUGGUUCCGGGCAUCAUUUGUAUCGUUGUCAUUGCGUGCAUGACUACCUGGUCAGGGUAUAUCAUUGGCGAUUUCAAGAUUAACCACCGCGAAGUGUACAGCAUUGAUGAUACAGGUGGCAUUAUGUUUGGCUUGUCUGGUCGAGUUUUUCUGCGACUGGAUUUUGCUUAUUGGCUCGGCUAUUUUGAUAGUAUCCGAACACUUGGUCGUAUAACCUGGCUUGCAUGGAUUGGAUUGCCUUGCAUUCUCACUGCUGUUAUUAUGGUCACAAUCGCGGUUGGAUUAGAGAACCGUCCUGCCGCAGCGCUGCAGACUCCUGGGCCUUGGACCUCCGAUUGGGUAGCUUUCGGGAAACCUAAUUUUGCAAAGGCUAUUGCUGCAGUCUCAAAUCUUCUCUUUGCAUUCUCUGGAACGCCAGGGUUUUUUUCAAUCGUGUCUGAGAUGCGCAAUCCACGUCAGUACGGCGCAGCUGUCAUUGCCUGUCAAACCGGAGUCACUCUUGUCUACGCCAUCGUCGGAUGCGUCAUAUACUACUAUUGCGGUACCUACGUAUCGUCGCCGGCGCUCGGCUCAGCCGGUGGUGUCAUCAAGAUUAUCAGUUAUGCCUUCGCAUUGCCGGGACUUUUCGUCACAAUGACAAUUGUUACACAUAUUCCUGCAAAAUUCAUCUUUGUGCAUGUUCUUCGUGGCUCUCGGCAUCUGACCAGUAACAGCCCGACUCACUGGAUUACUUGGCUCAGUUGUAUACUCGGCAUCACGGUGAUUGCCUGGAUCAUCGCUAGCACAAUCCCCGUCUUCAAUGACCUUGUCUCCCUCAUUGGAGCCUUGUUGGGUCCCAUUAUGUGCCUGCAACCGAUGGGAGCUAUGUGGCUAUAUGAUAACUGGGGUAAAACAUAG